AUUCGCUGUUGAGGAGGUGGCGACGUGUCUGUCCCUUGAACUUGACUCUCAGCGUACUCGCACUCUCUGCUUUUUCAUGUCUCUCAUCCUCUCGUGAAUCCCGGUGGUCGCAUCUUCAUUUCUGAGUACAGCAGUCUCGCGUGUCAUCGACUUGACGUACCCGGUCGCACCGGCGUCUCUGCCAUGCACUCACUUUUUCUGCUUCCGCCUACUCUCCUCACCUUCCUCCUCGCCUCUCCUAUUCUAUUUGGACCCACCUCCAGCUAUGCUGCGUCUGCGGAGCCCACAUCCCACAAUGACCAGUUCCGCGAGAUCGCCAUUCGGAGAACGCCCGCCGACGCCAAUGCACCAGUUUGCUGCCUCAAGCCCCUCGAACCGCUCGAUUCCGUCGAGGAAGACAUACUUCUCUCGUUCGAGGAGUGGAAGGCGCGGCAGCUGCAAGAUGUCAACGCCUCCGGGCGUGCAACUUCGCGCUCCUCCCCUGGUCACGGCGCAGACACGGAGUACAACGACUCGCUCGCCAUUCUACCCCCGGGUGCUGGAAGCGGAAGCGAAGGUGCAGAGGGCCCCACGGCAGACGACCAGCAGCAGCAGCAGCAGCAGCAGCAGCAGCAGUACCUCCUCUCCCCGCACUUUCGCAUACCGCUGACAGACCGGUUCAACUACGCGUCCUUGGAUUGCUCCGCGCGCGUGCACGGUGCGCACCGCAGUGCCAAGUCCCCGCACGCCCUCCUGGAUGCGAAGAAGGACAAGUACAUGCUCUCUCCGUGCACGUCGCGCGCCCCUGCGGGAGAGAGGCAGUACGUGGUUGUGGAGCUGUGCGACGAUAUUAGGAUCGACACGGUGCAGCUUGCGAACUUUGAACUGUUUAGCGGGGUGUUCAAGGAGUUCAGUGUGUCUGUUGCGAAGACGUUUGUUGCGGGCGAUGGGGAGGGAUGGGUCCCGGUCGGAACGUAUAGGGCAAGGAAUGUGAGGGGACUGCAGUCCUUCCACCCACCGACGUCGCUAAGCGCCUUCUACCGCUUCAUCCGGAUCGACAUCCACUCGCACUACGGCAACGAGUUCUACUGCCCCAUCUCGCUCCUGCGCGUGUAUGGCCUCACGCACCUCGAGGAGUUCAAGUGGGAUGUCUGGGUCGAAGAGGCCGAGGAGCGCGCGGGCAUGCAGCGCGCUGCCGCGGCAGACGCGCAGGCACGCUUGGCUGUCGAGGCUGCGCCGUCCCCUGCUCUGGAAGACGCUGAGGCUGAAGCUGAGGCCCCAAGAACGGCGACUGCGUCGGACGAACAAGCCACAAUGACUGGGUCAGCAAACACUGACGGGACAGUACAGGGCCAGGAGGCGAUCUCGGCAGAGGCCCUCCCGGACGCGACGAGCAGCGACAAGACGGACCUGCUCACAUCGUUUAUGGAUGCGCUCGAGUCGGGGCUGCCGUCGCUCUCGGACAUACGCGCUGACUUGCACGCCACUACGCCCUAUAUCCCCGUUGAAGACUUUUCAACUACGAUAUCGUUAUCGACCAGCGAUGCUUAUGUUUCCUCGCCGGCGGUCACGGCUAGCGCGGAAGGGGGCGCGAGCGUGGUGUAUGCGCGGUCGGAAGAGGUGGCAGGCGCUGCGAGCGCGGUCGCGUCGACCGCAGAGAGCCUCGCGAGCGCGAUGGAGCAGGUGACAGCGGACGGCAUGCCCGGUUCGGCGGCUGUGCCCACACCUGGUUCGGCCGCGGGCGACCAGGGGCAUACGACCGCCGCUACUGCCGACAGCUCUGCGGUAGAGUCGGCGUCGUCUGGCUCUGUGACCUCGGGGUCGACGGCUACCGGUUCCUCGGUAUCCACCUCUCAGGAAUCGCAAACAACGCACUCUGUCUCUUCCACUCCGAGCCCCAGUUCGAGUUCCAGUACCACCUCGAUGCCGCACCCACCGCCGCCUGUCUUUGGUGGUGGCGGGGAGAGUAUUUAUCGGACGAUCAUGAAUCGGCUGACUGCGCUCGAGGCGAACCACAGCCUGUAUGCGCGCUAUGUCGAAGAGCAGACUACCGGCGUGCGAGAGGUGCUGAGGAGAAUGGGCGAGGAGAUGGGUCGGCUCGAAGGAUUGGGAAAGAUGCAGGCGCAGAUGUAUCAGCGAAGCGUGCACGAGUGGGAGCGGCAGCGGCUGAGGCUCGAGAUGGACCACGGGGAGCUGCUAGAGCGGGUAAAUUACCUUGCGGAUGAGAUUGUCCUCGAGAAACGUCUCGGCCUCGCUCAGCUCUGCCUUUUGCUCGCCGUGCUGGUCUUUAUGGGUCUCACUCGUGGCUCGAGGACUAUGGAUGCGGCGGAUUAUCGACGUAUCCUUCGCCACCAGGCCAACACGCCUUCUCGGUCAUCGUCGGUACGUGAAUGGGGUAGACGAAAGCUUAGCCUUAGUGGGCUUAGUCAUACGUUCGGCGCACCGGGGGAGUGGAUCAAACUUAGAAGUAGGACGCCGAGCAGGACGCCGAGCAGGGAAGAUGGGAUGAAGCAGAGGAGAGGUGUCGGGUUCGACUUGAGCGAGGACAAACUUCAGUUCCCGUCGCAGCCAAGUGUAAACGGGAAUAUAUCGGACGGCGUUGAAACGGGAUCAUCCACCGUUGACCAAGGGCAUCCGCCGGCCCUCGAUCGCCCUCCGAUAACCACUAAUCCCGCUGCGCAUCACUCGAGCCCGACGCUUGGACGCUCGUCAUCGUCUGAUGUAAACACUACGCCGGCUUACAUCCACCUGGCGGCAGAGAGCCAUACGACACAUCGGCCCGCCCUCGUGGCAUCUAUGGCUGUACCAGCAUCUGCCGUGGCAUCGUCCUCUAAGCGCUCAAGCUCUGGUCUACGUACACCUUUACGCAGUCACGCCCACCACGCCCACGCCCACGGCUCGCACAACGCGCACCAUCGCGCCGCAGACGUCUGGUCGCCAGGACUGGCACGCCCGCGACUCGUGCGCACCAGCUCGUCCGCGUCUGGGUCGGGCGCGGCGCAUCCCCUCCACGCCUCGACUUCGCUCGGAUCUGGGCUCGUCAACAUCGAUCGCUUUGCGACAGGGUCGGCGUUUGUACCGCGGAGCGCAAAGAAGUGGGCGCGGACGGCGCAUUUGCAUGAGGUCAAGCGCACUAUGCGGCCGGGUAAUGCCGGGCACAGGGAACGUGAGCGCGAGCGCGAGAGGGAGGUGGAGUCGGCGGGGAAAGGCAAGGAGCGGGAUAAGGAAAGUGACGCAGAGGAUGUUUUCGGUCCAACUAUAGCUUCUCAUGAACGGAAUGGCUCGGCGAUCAACCUCGCAAGUUUGGCGAAGGAGAAGGAAAAGAGGGUGCGCGUUGUCAGUGCAGGUACGAGCGAAGGCGACGCUGGGGCGGACACGGAUGCGUGGAUAGACACAGAUACCGAGACUGAUCUUGGGGAUGUCAACGGUAAGGUUGAGGACGAAGUUGAGGAGCCUGGUACGUCGUAGCGUUCGCUUGGCGCACGGCUGUCUUCUGUCUAGAGUACUGUAUGCUUUGUGCCAUCUUUUACGUUGGCUUAUUCUUGGCUUUUUGGAUGUUUUUACGGUUCACCACGUUCGUCGCUGCUGUUUUAUGCACUUAUC